AAGAAGCUGAGCUCCUCUGACAAAAACAAGGGCUGGGACUCCAGAGAGAAGAGCAGUGUGCUUGAUGAAUAUCUAGUACAGGCUCUUCGCCCAUUUUAAACAUUUUGUAUUUUCAUUUUUAUUUUUUGAAAGGGAAAAAGCACAGGAGCGCACCAUGUCGGUGAAUUCAGCCCGUCAGCUCUGCAAAAUGUUCAUCUCCCUGCACGUUGUUUUCCUGAGCGUGGCAGUGGUGGAGAGCAGUGCAUCAAAUGGCAAUGAAAAAGACUGCGUGAGAUCCAAUGGUGUGGAGUACAGAGGGGAAACACAGAGCUCCUCCUCGGGUCUGACCUGUUUAAACUGGACCAACACCACUAGAGACUAUGAUGUUGAACUCCAUCCUGAUUCACAGACAGGUGUGGGAGAUCACAAUUACUGCCGAAACCCAGACUCCUCUGAGAGGCCUUGGUGCUACAUUGCUGGCCCAGAUGGGACAGUCCAGAGACAAUCGUGUGCAGUUGACACAUGCAAAGAACAAGCCCCCACUGUACCAGCAGCGACCGGAUCCCUCAAACCCACAGGAACCAUUCCCUCCACAGAGAGCUUUCAGCCGGCCAAGUCGAGAGCCUCUCAGGGAGAGGUUGCUGCAGUGCAGCCAGUGAUGGGAAUCAGCCAGAGAGUGCGCACAGCACCCAAAAAGAAAAAGGACCUUGGCAUGCUCGGCUACGUCAUCGGCAUCUUCAUGAUGGCGAUUAUAAUUGUCCUCGGAGUAGGCAUCACAUUUGGAUACUUCUAUAAGAGGGGCCGGGACCUAAAGAAGCAGCACGAGCAGCGAGUGUAUGAGCGCGAGAUGCAGAGGAUCACUCUGCCCCUCUCAGCUUUCUCCAACCCCACCUGUGAGCUGGUAGAUGAGAACACCAUCGUGAUCACAGCAGAGCACGAGACCACCCCCGUCCAGGAGGGCAUAGAGGGCGGGGACCCUCUCAUGGGCCAGCAAGCCGGGACCCCCGGAGCAUGAAUUGGCAUGAAGUCCUCAAACGCAGGACUGUGAUACAUAAUUUUGUGGACCAAAACACUUCACACAUCUUUGUUUCUCCUUUCUGCCUCCCUGAGUAACCUCUGUUUUAAAAGGAGUAGGGGAGUAGUGUUUGCUCCAAAGACUUGAACUGAAUGCUGUGUCCUUUGUGUCCCCUGUCCUUUGGUUUUUAUACAUUGGAGGCACAAACAAGAUAAGCUGUGGACAUAAUGUUAACAACUAAAAACCACUGAGGUGAAUCUGUUGUUAAUGAAAAUAUGUCAUGAGGUCUAUGACAUUGAUUUUUGUUACAUUUGAUAACCAAGAAAAUAAGAUCAUAAGCUGCCCCCUUAAAUCACAGUAUGGAUUUCGAGUCUACAGGAUUAGCAAGUGUGUGUUAUGGUGUGUAAUGAAACCAGUUCUUUAUGAAGAGAUUGUGUUUGGAAUGGGGGUUAAUAAUGUUUUGUUUUUAGUAUGUUUCCAUGUGGAGAAGGUGCUCUCCUCAGGAGGUUUCAUUUGUAUUGACCUGUUGGCUGUGCCGAAGGAGACGUGGAUAAGAAAUGUGGAUGUAUAAAGACUGCUUUGUCUUGGAGACACACUGGUGACACAGAUGUCUCCAAAAAUAUCCUCCUCUGUGACAGGAUGAGGGAACAUGAGGUAAAACAGGCCCACUAAAGACAAGGGAAGUCCUCCAACUCUGCCUUAGCAUGAAACUACUGAAUGUAUUUGUUUAUGUUAAACCCGGAUGAUUUUUUUUUUUCUCUUUGUACUCAACUGACGGGCGGUCGCUGGCAGACAUGAAAGAGGACUUGCCCUUUUCUUCCACAGGUUAAGGAGUGACAGGAAAUACACAGAGUGCUCUCAGGAAGCAUGAGAGACAGUAGAUAGUCCUCUCAGGACAAAACAGCACUGCCACAACACAGGACAGAAAUCAGAAAAAAAGGAAACGUCUGUCUUUGCAGAGCAGGGCGGCGAGUGUGUUGAAGUGCUGAAGAAGCCUGGUGAUUAGAUUCAGACAUUUGAGUUAUGCACUUGAAGCUUCAGGGUAGAGACAGGGAUGGAGUAGAAUAGAAACGGUCCAAAGUUUGAUGUUCGUUCAUUCAGAAACACGAGUGCAUGCACAUGGUUACCUGCUGUAUGUUUGUAUUCAGGGGCCAUUUUUCUGCAUCCUAAAAAGUAGAACUACUGAUUGAAGUCAUUUUAGAAAAUACCUGCCUGGAAAUAGAAAUCAUCGUACACAGAACAUUUUUAUUUUGUUACACAUAAUGCACCAUUACUUCCCAGUGUGUUACCAGAUUGUUACCACUCCAUCACUCCAUAUGAUUUUGUUUUGUGAUUAUUGCUGGAUCCACAUCACUGGUAAUCUUAAGUUACUGCUGCUCCAUUUAUUUUAAGUGUCUGUGUGCUGGUUACUCAUAUUUUCUUCAUAUAAGCAACAUGUUCAAAAUGCUGUUGUUUGUCAUUUGAAUUUAGUAUUUGUAUUUGUAUGAAUGCAGAUUUUCACUGCUGUGACUGAAAUAAAACAUCAAACCGAUGCA